AUGGCUUCCAUGGUAGCUGAAACGUGGGCAAUCAUCAAUGGUGAAGAUGACUCCAAUGGAGUCGAAAUCUCAAAAUUCAACAAUGCCCUUCUGAUGAGUUUACUAGAAGAGUCAUAUGGUGAAGAGUACAACGAUGAACAAGUAAAUAGAGUGAUUCAAUCUCUAGAAGCUGAGAUUAAUGCAAAUAUGUUAGAAGCUGGCGAUGAUUUAGCUAUGGAGCCUGAAUUUCUUGGCCUCAGCGACGACGAGGAUGGUCAGAAUUCCUCUGCUUCGAUGGAGUUUGAAUGGGCAGAAAUGGAGCCGGUGCCAUCCUCGCCAAGUUAUGACAUGAACUGGUUCGUGGACCAUUGUGAAAAUGAGUUGGAUUUGAUGGUUGAAUAUGGAGAUGUGGGUGAUUAUAAUUCUCAGAUUUACAGUGUUGUUUCUUCGGAGGAAAAUUGUUUCAGCUCUUUGUGGCAUGAAAAUUACAAACCAGUAGCAUACAAUUAA